AACGUCAUUCCCAAAGUAAAUCGGGCAGCCGCAUUGUAAAGACCGGUUAUAAAAAUAACAUAAAAGGGAAAAAGUCUUAGUAAAUUUUAUUUAACUUCCUGUAGAAAGAUCAUGGCACCAGACGUAUCAUCCGUGGAGGUAAUAGAACGUGAACCGGAGUUCGAAAAGCUAGUCGCACCACAAGCGGCGCCGAGAAAGUACCAAAUAGUUUACAGGAAUAUAGUAACAUUUGGUUACGCGCAUCUGACGGCCUUGUAUGGUUUAUACUUAGCAUGCACUGAGGCUACAUGGGCUACGAUCAUAUUCAGCUACGUUCUGUUCGCACUAGCAGCAAUAGGAGUGACAGCAGGCGCCCACCGUCUCUGGACGCACAGGGCGUACAAAGCCAAGUUGCCGCUGCAAAUCAUUCUGAUUGUUAUCAAUUCACUGGCCUUUCAGAACACCGCCAUUGACUGGGUGAGGGACCAUAGGUUGCAUCACAGAUACAGCGACACAGAUGCGGACCCUCAUAACGCGACACGAGGCUUUUUCUACUCUCACAUGGGCUGGCUGCUGGUGCGGAAGCACGAGGAAGUCAAGAGACGUGGCAAGUUCAUUGACAUGAGCGACAUUUACGCUAACCCUGUGCUGCAGUUCCAGAGAAAAUACGCAAUCCCCUUCAUUGGAACGAUAUGUUUCGUCCUACCCACAGUCAUUCCGAUGUACUUCUUCGGCGAGAGUUUGAAGACCGCCUGGUGCAUCGCUAUAUUACGCUACGUUCUGAACUUGCACAUCGCCUUCCUCGUCAACAGCGCUGCUCAUUUAUGGGGCAACAAGCCUUACGAUAGAACCAUCAAACCGGUUCAAAGUCUCCCCGUCUCCUUCGUCGCAUUUGGCGAAGGUUUCCAUAACUACCACCACGUCUUCCCCUGGGAUUAUAGGACCGCUGAAUUGGGGAACAACUAUUUGAACCUUACGACCAUUUUUAUCGAUUUCUUCGCUAAGAUCGGCUGGGCUUACGAUAUGAAGUCGGUUACUGAUGAUAUGAUCAAAUCUAGAGCGGAUAGAACUGGAGAUGGUACUAACAUGUGGGGCUUCGGUGAUAAGAAAAAUUGUGAUAAAUUAGAAUAAAUAUGUAUUGAUGUUGCGGUGUUAUUAUUUAA